GGGAGUGAGAGGGAGAAAAGAGUUUGGUUAAGAAGCGGCGGGCCACACGGUCUCUGGCUGAACCCUCUUCUUCCUAAAUUCCCCCUUUCUCUAAUCUUUCGUUCCGCAGUUUACAUCAAAACGAAACGCAUCACAAUCCAAAUUCCAUAACCUCUUUAUCUACGCACCGAUUCGUCAAAAUCAGAAACCCCCCUCUAAUCCAUGGAUUCGUUCCAGCAACCUCACGGUUACAUGAGGCCUCCACAACCGCCACCGCCGCCGCCGCACACGGCGGAUCCCCACCACCACCAACACCACUUUCACCAGAUACCUCCGCCACCUCCCCAAGCUCCUUGGUUCUCCACCCAAUUUCAGUACCACCCUUCCCAAACCCCCUCCCCUCCGGCGCAGUGGUCUCAGCCUCCGCCGCCACCGCCGCCUCCUCCUCCGGCGAACCCCUAUUCGUACCAUCCCAGCCAGUUCCCUCCUCGUUCUCACUUGCCUCCACCUCAGUUCCCACAUCACUCCCACGUUCCUCAGCCUUAUCCUCAGGAAUGGAGCAACCCAAGCUGGCCCCAUAACCAAGGCUAUCCAGCCCAUAAGAAUGAAGAAGAUUGGGCUGCUAAAGCCAGGGCCUGGGCUGAUGCUAAGGCUGCAAUGGAAAAUCAGCAUCCACAAUCACAUUUUUCACCUGCUGGAAGAUUACAAGAGCAAAGCCAUUAUCAUGAUCAGUAUCAGCAAUCUGUUGAUUCACGUUAUGCUGACGUUCAAAACCAAUCUCAUCCAUCAUCAACCUAUCAACAAUUUUCCUUCAUGGAUGCAUCUGUGCAGCGGCUUUCAGGACAUUCCCAGGAGGCUGCACCUGUCAGUUUGGAGGCAUCUUAUACAUCAGAUGGACAUUCAUACAGUGCUAGAGAGGGGACCGGUGUUGGAGAUUUGACUAUUUCAUUCGAACAAGGAAACUUGUCAACAAAUCCAUCAGUUCAUCAGCAGGAGGUACCUUCUAGUUAUAGUUCUGUUGCAGGUAAAGAGGCUGCUGAUCAGAUUCAACAAUCAUACUCAGUAUUUCCUUUAUCAAGUUCCUCAUCUCAAGAACAGCGACAUGUGCAACCAUCAAUGCAUGCACCACCCUUUGUAUCUGGCAGCCAUUCAGUUGAGUCAGCCGUCAGUCUUGCUGAUCAACCAUUAGAUUUUGCACCUAGGUUUAGUCGUGAUAGUGACAUUCAAAUGCAGUCAACUUAUAAUCAUCAUGAUUCUAGUACUUCAAUGAAUAACUGGGCUGCUUCUGUGGCACCUGGUGUUGGUUAUCCACCAAUAGCUCCAAUUCUUUCCUCUGGGCCACAGCAGCAUGAUUCUUCUAUUACCACUCCUGGUCAUGUGGCACCACCAUUUGGAAGGUUUCCUGGUCCUGGCCUCCCUUCAACUAUACCACCAAGCGGUGCACCCUUUACCCUUAGUACAGGAACUACAGUUCAUCCUACUGUGGCUUUCUCUGCUGAUGCAUAUGGGGUCUCUGGCAUUCCUGAUCGUCCUAAGAAGGCUUCUGUCCCUAAUUGGCUUAGAGAUGAAAUAAAGAAAACAGUCAUUACUGCUUCUUCCGUAGAGCAUUUGAAAGAGGAAACCACAUUGGUAAAUGAUGGUAAUGAUAAGUCAUAUUUGAAAGGUGAUGAGAGUCAUGAGACAGAUAGUAAAAGCAUUGAUUCAUCUAGAUCAGCUGAGGAUGAGGAGGAUGAAGAGGAUCAAGUUGAAGCAGCUAGAACUGCAGCAAUCAACCAAGAAAUAAAGAGAGUUCUCACUGAAGUUCUUUUGAAGGUUACUGAUGAAUUGUUCGAUGAAAUUGCAACCAAAGUUCUUACUGAAGACAAUCUGACUACUGAAGUGGGUCAUAAUGUUGUCACUUCCAACCAUAUGGCAUCAGAAUCUCCACCCACAGCUCCUGUUCCCAAGGCCUCUGCAAAGGUCUUAGUUCCAGUCAAAGAGAAGGAAUUAGAAAAUGAUGCUGUGAGUGAAAAAUCUAAUUCCAUCUCUCCUGGGGAUGUUUUAGGUCUUGGAAAUUAUGGUUCUGAUGCUGAUGAUGGAGACGAUGAAAUUGAGAGUUCCAGUGUGACAACUCCUGCAAAUGAUGCUGCCUAUCAGCCAGGAGUUAACAAACCCUUGGCAGAUAUGCAUGAUAUACCUGUUAAUAGCAGUUCACAACUUGAAGAGCAUAAUUUGGUCAGUAAUAUGGUCAAGACCAGCUCAUUACUACCAUCCAGAAAUAGCAAUGGUGCUGCUACUGAGCAAUUGCAUGAUGUUAAGGGGACCAAUGAAUUUGAUCAUUCACGUUCUUCCAAGGUGGUUUCUGAAGAUAUUAAAGAUAAUGGGCAUAAUGCUAUAGAAAGAAGCCACAAUAGGCUUAAUGGCUUUAGUUCUAAAGAUAAUUCAGGGAUACAAAGAUCUCAACUGCCUGGAAGGAAUGUUAGCGUGGAAAAAGCAACAGAUGAUCAUCCAGGUAGAGAAAGCAGAAGAAAAUCAGAAAAAAAUGAUCGGCCUGACAGGAGUACUUCUGAGAAAGGCUUUGUUAAGGAGGUACGUAGUAGUAAGACUGGAACAGAUGAAAAAGGUAAUGAAAAUCAUAGAAGAAAGGAUGAAAGAUAUCAGAAAAAGGAAAAAUCCGAUAAUGGCAGUGAAGUUAAAGAAAGAAUGAAAGAUCACAGUUCAAGGCAUGGGGAGAAGACAAAGGAAUCAGUGUCAAGAAAAAGAUCCUCUCAUGUUGAUGUCAAGGAUGAUAGGAAGGAAGCAGAAAAAGCCCGUAGAGCUAGUGGCGCUGAAGAUACUAUCCGCAAAAAGGAACAUGCGAAGGAUAAGGGGGAACAUAAAUCAAGGCAGAAAGAUGGAAGUACUUCUGACCGGCACAAAAGACGACGUUCAUCUUCAGUAAGCAGUAGAGGUAGAAUCAGCAAGGAUCACUUGAUUAAUCAUGCUGGUGAUUCAAGUGGUGAAGGCUCAGAUGGCUCAAGAAGGAAGCUGCAUUCAAGAAAACGUGAUUUAUCACCGUCUCCAGUCAGGUCUAAAAGAAGACAAGUUUCGCGGUCUCCUCAUAGCAAGCGUUCUCAGCGCAGGCAUUCUCCCUAUUCUUCUCUUGAUACUUCCAGGUUUGUUGCCAUAAAGUUUUUCAAGAUUAAGAUUUAUGUUUUUGAGACAAACUUCCAUCAUCAUAUAAGAAUAAGCUGCACAGGUGAAUUUGUCAGGCUUCAUGGUUUACCUUACAAUGGUGCCUUGUUUAUUUACGGUGUUUCCUUUUAAUGCAGGGGAAGGAGGUCAAGAUCCAGAUCUCCUGUUCGGCGGCAAAGAUGACUGAUGUGGACAGAAAUGAUUGUCAUUGCAUCUACCAGGAUCAUACAAUAGAACAUAAGUAUAAAAGUGUCCAGUGAAGCUUGUGAUGUUCAGUGUUCACAGGGACUGUUGAGGAGGAUUAAUUGGCAGCCAUGACUCUUCUUUAUCCAUUUUUGUAGGUUCUAUGUACCGAUACUGUUCGUUUCCUGGUUUGCUAUUGGAGAAGAGUUGGAUCUGUGCUGUAAUGUUUGAAUGUAUAAAAAAGAAGCUGAAGAUAGAUUUAUCUUCAUUAGAAUUCUGGUAUGUAUUUAAAUGCUGGCAGUAUCAUAGUUUGCACUGACAAAUUCAAUU